GGUCGCUGUCCAGCACACCCUCCUGCGCAACGUGCUGAAGGCAGGCUUUGUCAAAUCUUCUCGUUCCUCUCCCCAAGAGCUAGAAUGCACACCUGCCGUUGUUCGAGUCGCCCUAGACGAUGUUGUUGAACCACGAUGGCGACUAUCGCCGUACUCUUCGCGGCCCUUGCCGGCCUCGGGUAUGUCGCUGUUCCCCUUGUCAGGGACGUUGCCGGGAUCGGCAGAGCAAUCACCCCGACGAGAAACGGCAACUGCGUCAAGAUCCAAAGUUUGUCGGGUUGCGAAGACUUUUGGAUGCACCACGAGUCGGGCUUGCUGUAUGCCGCCUGUUCAGCGGCCGAGGGCAAAAAGCAUUGGUUCCCUGGCAUGGCAAACUUGCAUGCCGAUCAAAGGACCCUCAACGACGCAGUGUACAUCCUGGAUACCAAUUCAGACCUGAAGACCAACCCAAAAGUAACCAAAGUCAAGACGGAAGGAUUCAGCGGCCUCAAUGGCGAUGGCACAUUCAAUCUGCAUGGCAUCAACGUUCACGUCAUCCCCGCCGUAUCCACUGACGAAAACCCUACCCUGCGGAUCUUCUUGAACAAUCACCGCCCUACGCUCGACGUCCAGGGCAAUUUGAUCGACAACACAAAGACCGGCGCCAAUUCCACCAUCGAGAUCUUUGAGACAACGCUAGGGAGUGACAGCAUGACCCACGUCCGCACUUGGGCCGAUCCGCUUAUCCACACGCCGAAUCGUGUCGCUCCGGUAGAUGCGGACGGCUUCUUGUACACGAAUGAUCACCAGAGAAAAUCAGGAAAGCACCGCGACACGAUCGAGACGCUGCAUCCAGUCGCUAACGUGGGAUACUGUGAUCCUGCUGUUGGAUGCAAGAUCGUUUAUUCUCCCAGCGCGUUGCCCAACGGCCUUGUCCGUCUGAGUCAGCAUGCAAAUCGAUACCUCGUUCCCUACUCUGGCCGCCCACAUCAAACGCUCUUUGACUUUGACCCUGCGUCCAAGGCAUUGAAUAAGGUCGUCGACAUCCCCGUGGGCAUGCCAAGCGAUAAUGUCAACAUGGCCAGCAACGGUGACGCUUUCGCCGCCAGCUUCCCCAAGGUGUUCGACACGGCCGCAGUCCUUGCUGCUGGGGAUCCGUACAACCGCAAAGCCCCAGGCACGGUCAUACGUAUCCCGGCAGCCGACCUGGCCUCAGCUGGCGCGGAUGGCUGGCACAUUGAAAAGUUCUACGAGGCAGACGGCAGCGAUGUCAACGUGAUUACCAACGCCAACUUGGACGUUGCCCGCAACUUACUCUACCUUUCCGGCCCCAUCUCGCCGCAUCUGAGCGUCUGCAGCGUCUGACUUGGCUGCAAUGCGUCUCCACAGAGUAAUUCAAAAGGUGAGAAAUUGCGCCAAAGAAAAAUACAGAUCUUGAAAGAAAGAGAGAAAUCAAAUACAACGGUCUGUAAAAAGGACUGGAACCAUGUAAUUCGGGACACUACCAACCCCAGUCACCCAUGCUCGCAAAAUGCGAAAAUCAUUCUCCUCUCUUACCCAAUGUUUAAAACGAUGUAAUUGCGUCUCUUUGCUGUUUUUGAGCAGAAACAAGGCUGUAUACGGUAGUAAACUUGAGUGCAAGGACAGAGCACCCGCUGUGUGACUCCUCGCAGACGAAUGCAAGGUGAUCCAUGACGUUGAGAUCAAGGCAUGGUCUCAGAUGCACCAGGCGUUGAUCCGCCAACUUGGUCACAUUUGGUUGCAUUCCCGCCCCUCACUUGAGGGAGACGUUGCUUGAAACUUUGACAGAAUCAAGAUCGACAAGGUAACUAUGAGCCGCCUUGUGGCUGUUCCACUCCAG